UAACUAAAAAACAAAAUAGUUUGCUCAUAUUGUGAAUCUGUAAUAUAUAGUUUUUAUGUUGAUUUGCACCUGGAUAAAAAAGGGUAAGGCAUAUUCAGAACCAGUUACCUGGUGUUUGUGCCAGUCUUUCAAAUAGAAGCUAAGAUAUUGCAUGAAAUCCUUGAUAAAUAUCCUCACUCAUUAUGAUUUAUUCUCUGAUCACCAUAAUAUUAGAGAAUUUUAUAAAAAGUUUCCCAAAAAACCCAGUCCAUGCACAUUAUGCAAUGUUGUUAAAAAAAAUCCACCCAAUCCUGUCUUAUUAUGUUUCCUCCAAAAUGCCCAACUUUACAGGUAUUCUGCGAGUCCUCCCUUUAGGACUAUUUCUGCUAUCCAUGUUAGUAUCAGGAGUAUCAGGAGCAGCCACUACCACCCCACAAAGCUCAACAGCAUCCAGUACCAGCCAGCCCUCUUCUACCACCAAUGAAGGUGACAUGACUGAGAAUGGAACCACUAAGAUAUACUGCCCCUCAUUCAACUGUAACUACUCUGACUGCUAUUCAAUGUACAUCAGUCAGAACACCACUCCGUGUGCUGUCGAUAAUUGUUGUCAGUUGUUAAGGCAAACAGACAUGUGGUAUACUGCCAGCUGCAGCAACUCUUGUGCUGACAGCUGCAAGAAUGCCUCCCAGACCAACUGUGCUGUGAACUGCUGUAAUUUCACUGGCUGUCUCAAUUACACUUUUGCAUCCAUGAUGAGCAUAACAACCAAUGGAACUCAAACCACAAAACCAACAACCACGCAGGCCCCUACUACAACUACUACCAGUCAAACAACAGCAAACAAUGGAAACAAGUGCAGUUCUGGUACAUGCACCAGCGCAAACUGCUAUACAAGUUUCACCAUACUACAAAUGUGUUCCUCCUCAGAACCGCAUUGUCAGCUGAAAAAUGAGUCUACAGAUACUGCCACAAAAUGGACAGCGGGUUGCACCAACUGCACUGGCUACACUGCUUGCAAGGCUUCUACCAAACCUCCAUGUAAUCUGGAGUGCUGCAAUGCCACAAUGACCUCUUGCCUAUGGUUGAAUGGCACACUAAAUGUUCCCUCUUUUGCCACAAGAGGUCCAUAUCUUCACACAGAACUGAUAGCUUCCUUACUUUGUAUUGUUGCUAUCGCUUUUCUGCUUUGAGAACAUGCUUGAUCAAUUGCUGUGUGCGUUAUUAGGUAAGUAGCGCUUUGUGUAACUCCUAGUUUCUCCAAAGUUACAAAGAAAAUGUAGAAAAGAUAUUAAUAUGAAUAUUUUUAUAUUCAUAUGUAAUUGUAUAGGUAUGGAAAUAUGGAAAACAUUAAUUGCAAUGUUGAUUGUGCUUCUUGUUUAAACUUUCCAGUCCCGUUUAUGCCUGGUUCCAGACCACUGAAAUGGCUUUGAACAGUAUUUCUCUAUGAAAUACUAUUUUCAGGAAUCCAGAAAAACAAGCCAGAAGCAACAUAUCAGUUGAUCAUACAAGUGAUCUUUAUAAGCAACAGAUUGAUAAAGUAAAAUAAACUUUUAAGUUAUUUUAAACCGCUAAGUACCUUGUUGUACGUUCUGAAAUGUCCUUAUCUAUUGCCAUUAUUGAUAUGAGAUGAAAUCUCUUCUUCAAGCUUUUGUUGUAGUAAUGCAGCCAAAACUAUAUGCACUUUAUAAAACACAAAUGUUGUGCUGUAACAGCGAGUUGUCUUUUGAAGGCUUGUUGAAUAAUUCCUGUAGAUGUAACAUUAAUGACACAUGCAAGUCAGUACACUUAGCUACAUUUUGUGAUUUUGAGGUAUUUACUAUAUGAUUUACAAAGUAUAUUUUGUGGUACAUUCAUGUCGCAUCAAUGCUAAAUGAAAUUAGAAUAUGUGAAUUCUAGUUUUGUGCACUGUACACUAUCAAAAAUGCCUUAAAAUAAAAUAAAUCUUAUGUAAUA